AAAUAAACAUUGUGAUGGAAACUGGCCUUGUGUGGCUGGAAGUAAUCGGUAAGUAUUUAUUUUUUUUGUUGGGUUAUAAAAAUAGCCCCGCAAACUCGCAGGGGUCCUCAAAUAUAUUAGUCCUUACAUUUAUGGCACAUUGAUGAAUUUACAUGUAGCGCCCAUUACUCACAAUGAAUUAUGUUUAUAUGUUAUAUUUGGCUUAUUUUAUCAAAGGAAUACAUUAAAUCUAAGCUAAUUUGAUGGCAUAGAGGUAAAGUAAUUUGAUGGCGUACACAUAAAGUAAUUUGACGGUAUAGAAAUACAGUAAUGUGAUGGCGUAGACGUAAAGUAAUUUGAUGUUAUUUACAUAAAAUAAAUUGAUGGCAUGGGCGUGAAACACGUGAUUUUGUCCUUACAUUCUAAAUUUACCCUUUCCCGAAAUAUUGUUUUUUUUUCAAUGAGAUUAUAAUCUGUAUUAAAUACUGUGAAAUCAUUUCAAGUUUGUACAGAAACCAGACGACAUUGAACUAUUUAUUUCGUUAAAAAACAUUGUAUGAAUAGUUUUAAAAGGACAACGUUUUUUAACAAAAAUGAAGUGAAGCCAAAGCCAGUGGCGUAGCCAGUGGUGUGGGGGGGGAGGUGCACACCGCACAUGGUGACGCAAUCCCUAGCUACGCCACUGAUCUAAGCUAAAACCUAUUUUCACGUGAUGUUGCGUUUUUUUUUAUAACAAAAGACAAUAACAAAUUAAAAGAAACACACAAAAAACACCAAAUAAACUCGCGCCUGUUUAGCAGGGUUAACCCCAGAACCUUGACUCAGAAAAAUAUGACGGAUUAAACAUAAUGCGAUUUCGCUUAUUGAUAUCAAGUUCUUAAACUGAAAAGGAAUUAACCCAAAGUUGAGAGGUCCCCCAACCCAACGCGCACACACACACACACACACACACUCUCACAUACCAUUUGUUUUUGUUUCACUUCAUAUGCAGAAACUCUAACACCAUCCAAAUAAAGACGUUUUUUUUUCCCCUUCUAUAUUUUAAAGAAUCUUUAUAAAUGCAAUUGCUUUUGAAAUUAAACACAUUUGUGUGAGUCGUCUUUGAUUAUUCUUGGGGGGGGGGGUGUAUCAACUAUCAACCAGUUAUUUUCCCACAAAUUGUAAUUUCUGAAAGUCACAAUAACCAUUACUGUGCACAACGAGCUGACGAAGCUUAAGACGUCAUUGAAAUCCGUGGGACGAUUUGCAGACAAGUUAAUCUUGUAACGGUAGAUGAUUAUUUUACCAGGGCAAGCCUUUUUUCUUUUUCACUUUCAGUACAAUUAAUUUUUUUACUUACAUCUGCAGAAAGCUCUAACUAUACCAUAAACUGCAAAAACGUUUCAGGUGAGUUAUUGUUAUAAAAUAACACAACGUUAUGGAAUUUUAUUGAUUUGAUAAUUUUGAGAAAUUUGAAAAAUAGCAAAACAAAAAAAUUAUUUCUUAAUUUUUUUGAAAACGAUAGCGCAAAUCUGGGGUCUGUCUAUCAAUGCCGAAUAGGAUAGAUAACAAUAGAAUAAGAAUAAGAAUAGAUAAGAAUAAGAAUAGAAUACCCGGAGCAAGUAAAUGUUUAUAUAUAAUUAUUUUUUAAAGUUAAUGAUGAAAAAAAGAAGUUAGUGAACUCGGAAAGGACGAAGGGAAAGACGAGAUCGGUUGAGAGGCAGGUGGGGGGGGGGGGCUAAGGAACAAAAUAGACGGGGAACUUUUUCAGCGGGAUUAAGGGAAAAAAAAAUGGGGGGAGGUGUAGAAAUGGGAUUGUUGAGAGAGGGAAAUGGGGUUCAAUAAAGAAAAGUUAAUGAUGAAAAAAAGAAGUUAGUGAACUCGGAAAGGACGAAGGGAAAGACGAGAUCGGUUGAGAGGCAGGUGGGGGGGGGGGCUAAGGAACACAAUAGACGUGGAACUUUUUCAGCAGGAUUAAGGGAAAAAAUAAUGUGGGGAUGUGUAGAAAUGUGAUUGUUGAGAUAGGGAAAUGGGGUUCAAUAAAGGAGGGACAUGCGGAGAAAAUUGAUUGGGAUGCUAUAAAUAAAGGCAAUCAAAAUCAAUAAUUUUGGGUUUAUCUGAGAAAAAUAAAAUAAACAUUAAAUUCAUUCUAAAUUGUAUCGUUAUUGGUUUCUUCUCCUUUUCAAAGUGUUACUUAGCGUAAGUUAAAUCAAUUUUCAUUCAAGCUAUUCAAACACCUCUUUCAAAAUGCUUUCAAACCAAUACAUGACAAGUUUCAUCCAUCUAUAGAUUUUAACGAUGAUGACAGUGCAGAGGGAAAUAAAUAUAUUGGAGAUGAGAGCAGUGGAGAUGUUGAAGAUGAUGGCAAUGGCAAUAGCGACGGUGACAACGCCUUCAUUAUUGUGCUGAGUUUGAUGGCUGGAAUCGUGACGGUCAUCUUGACCUAUGUGUGGGCUGUGACGUUGUGUCGUGCGUAAGUACCUGAUCUGUGUGUGCUGCUGUGUCGGUGUGUCGUGUGUAAGUACCUGAUCUGUAUGUGCUGCUGUGUCGGUGUGUCGUGUGUAAGUACUCGAUCUGUGUGUGUUGCUGUGUCGGUGUGUCGUAUGUAAGUACUCGAUAUGUGUGUGCUGCUGUGUCGGAGUGUGGUGUAUAGGCUUAUUGAUCUGUGAGAGCUGCUGUACUGGUGUGUCAUGUGUAAGUACUUGAUCUGUGAAUGCUGUUCUGCUGGUGUGUCGUGUGUAAGUACUCGAUCUGUGUGUGGGCUGUGUCGGUGUGUCGUGCGUAAUUACUUGAUCUGUGAGUGCUACUGUGCAGGUGUGUCUUUUGUAAGUACUCGAUCUGUGUGUGGACUGUGUCGGUGUGUCGUGUGUAAGUACUUGAUCUGUGAGUGCUGCUGUGCUGGUGUGUCGUGUGUAAGUGCUCGAUCUGUGUGUGGGCUGUGUCGGUGUGUCAUGUGUAAGUAGUUGAUCUGUGUGUGGGCUGUGUCCACAAAAAUUUUAUUAAAGUAAAGAGAAAAUAAAGAGAAAGUAACUAAGCUGAUGUCCUGUCCGUUCGUUCACCAUUCAAAUACGCUACAGUAAAUUAAAACUAUAUUAAAACAUUACUAAAAAAUUUUUGCCCCCCCCCCCGGAAAGUUAAUUGAUUUCCCCCCCCCCUGGAAAGUUUUCUGCGGGCGCCCAUGGCUGUGUCGGUGUGUCGUGUGUAAGUACUGGAUCUGUGUGUGCUGCUGUGUUCGUGUGUCGUGUGUAAGUACUCGAUCUGCGUGUGCUGCUGUAUUUGUGUGUCGUAGGUACUCGGGGUGACGUAACGUCUUUUCUAUCUGGUGACAGAUUCAUCCCCGGUUGUUUGAGCGGUAUCCAGGUGGGCACGGCCUCCUCAGUAGUGGUGUAGUCGUGCCAUGGCUGACCACUGAAAGACUCCAAACACUCAAAUGUAUAUGGUCUUUAUAAAAUUCCGCUUGUUGUCCCUUGUCGGUUCGCACACUACAUUGCAAUCUAAAGGUUUAUUUCUUUAUUAUUUUUACCGUUCUUUGUUCGCUUGCGAAGUCUUCGUGCCGGUGGCAAAGUGAGGGUGCUUGGCGCCCGGGGACAAGAUUCGCGCCCGGGGACAAGAUCCAAUUUUUCAACUCUCAAAUCCAUUAUUUUCAUCAAUAAAAUAAUAUCAAAGCACAUUUUGGCGCCCCUAACUAGCUGGCGCCCGGGGACAUCUGUCCCCCCUGCCGCCACCACGCUACGCCUCUGCUUCGUGCCGAACGUUCAUUGUUUUGUUGCGCGCUUUUUGUUCUUUUUGGGAUUGGGUUCGCCAUACUCUAUUCCAAGCAAUUCAUUUUAUAACAAUUUAUGAGAAUUAUUUGUUUUUUCUCCUUAAUUUUCUCCCUUGGAGAUUGUACACUGCAUAGUUUGUGUCAGUAAUGGUAUACGUUAAAUCACAGUAUCUUCAUCUGUGUUAUUUGCACAGUGUAUUUAAUCCAUCUGUAAAGCUAACAGCGAAACUAAUGUUCACCACUAGUAGUUUAUUGUGAAGCCGCCACUAAAGAGUGCAGCCAAAGCUGUAGGCCCAACAAAAGUAGUAUUAGCAAUUUUUUAUAAAAAUAUUUUUUAAUAAUAAGAUACCACAUAUUGACAAAACACUUGAAAUCUCAACUAAGAAUGGCUUUCAACGUGACAUUCUGUGUACAUGUUACAUGAGCAUCGGGCCAAUGUCUCUGGACGUGUCAUUAUGUGUACAUUUGACGAGAGCAUAUGUCCAAUCAUUCUCGACGUGUCAUUCUCUGCACAUUUGACAUGAGCAUCGGGCCAAUGUCUCUGGACGUGUCAUUCUGUGUAUAGUUGACAUGGGCAUCUGGCUCAUCUUUUCAAGUUUAAAAUUUUAAAAGAGUUUCGAUUACCAUAUUAGCUGUCUUGUCUUGUAAUCCCAGUGGGAUACAUCAUUAGUUUUUUAAAGCCAUCCUCGCUACUUGACAAUCUAUGGCAUGAUGAAAAUACCGAGGACAAUGCCACAAUCGCCACGGUCUGUUGACGGCACUUGAUUUAGCGUUGGUUUAAACCCGUCUGCCCACUAGCCGGACGCAAAAGAAAAGAAAUGAACAAAACAUAAGUGGCAGGUUUUUGAUGGACUCCUUGAUAUAACGCGAUGCCAUCACUACUAGAAACUCAGGCCGAGGCUACCAUCUGAUUGUGUCACAGCGAGAUCUCUACGUUGACUGAAGGCCGUAGCUCUAUGCCGUUGGAAUAGAUUCAGCAAUAAUAGAAUCAGGGACUGGAACAAUCUUUCAAAAGGAACGGUUGAGGCGACAACACUAGACACAUUUGUGUCUAUUGCCUCAAGCCUUCAAACCCCUAGUGCAUGAUUUCCUCAUCAACGCCAGUAACAGAAACAUUGCAAAUCCCAUCUACAUGCAUAGGAGCCAAACUGAUCAAUAAAUUGAUCGUGGGCCCUUAAGAUAUAGAAGAAGAAGAAUAAACACACAAUGGAACUGAUAUCAUUCGCAUCAUUAUCCAUAUCACUACCAGGUAAAAGGACUCUGGCCUGUAUCAGCAAUGACACUGUAACCCAUUGUGGAACAUGGCCAUCAUCAACACACUCUUCCAUUACAACUGGUCGAAGGGCUUUUCUUUCAUUGCAUUGACAUCGCACUGAUAUAAAACCAUAGGAUAUACAUUCUAUGGUCGCCACCUGAAAAUCAUGGCCAUAUCGAGAAAAGGUCUUUUUUUAAAUAAUUCUUUUUAUGAAUUCAUCACCAUAAUCAUCAUGUCCCUUAGUCCUGGGAACUUUCGGGCGCCACAGAUGACAUGAAAACUAUCCUUCUCCAUUUCUCUGUUUUCCUGCACUUCGCCCAGCAUCGCCGAGCUUUACUCCCGUCCACUCUUUGAUGUCAUCUUCCAAUAUUUUUCUCAGUCUUCCUCUUCCUCUUCUCAUUGUGCCCUGCAUGACUUCUUUGGUGAGCCCUUUUUUUCUUAUCUCGUGGCCAUAUCAUUCCAUUUUACGCUUUUUUUACAUCCACCAAGAGGUCAACAUACUGCCCAUUUGCUUGACGAAUCAUUUCUUACACUUGUUCGUUAGAGAUAUGGUCUCUAUAGCAGAUUCCAAAAAUGCUUCUGAAACAUCUCAUCUCUAUCACCUUAAUUUUCCUUUCAAGUUAUGCUGUUAUUGUCCAGGACUCGCAGGCAUACAAGAAAAUUGGGAGAACUAAUUAGCGCACCAGCCUGAUUUUGGUGCUGGGGGCUAAUUUUUUUUAUUACUCCUCUUUAGUACUGUUGUGAUCUAGGCAAUCCUGAACAUAACUUCGGGCUUGGAGCCUUCUUCCCAGACUAUUAAUCCUAGGUACUUGAAGCUGCAUACUGUCUUUAAUCUUUCCUCCCCGACCUUAAUUUCAUUGGAGAUGCCGUUGAUGUUAUUUUUCAUCAAUUUUGUCUUUUCUGCACUGAUUUGAAUGCAAACGGAAGAUGAAAUCUUGUUGAGAUAGGUUGGCUAGCUCUUCUUCGUUUCCAGCCAAUCCAUCUAUGUCAUCGGCAAAACGUUGGAUCGUGCCACCAAUACUGAUUGUCCCUACAUGCGCUUCCAGUGCAUGUGACAUAAUUGUCUCAAAAAGUAUGUUGAACGGGGGGGGGGGGGGAGCAAGCAGCUUUGUCGUACACCAACCGGGGUCUUGAACUAUUCUUCGAUGGUAUUGGGGAAGAAAAAGCACUGAAAUCCAUCUAUGUCAUCGGCAAAACGUUGGAUCGUGCCACCAAUACUGAUUGUCCCUACAUGCGCUUCCAGUGCAUGUGACAUAAUUGUCUCAAAAAGUAUGUUGAACGGGGGGGGGGGAGAGCAAGCAGCUUUGUCGUACACCAACCGUGGUCUUGAACUAUUCUUCGAUGGUAUUGGUGAAGAAAAUGCACUGGAUGCUUUAUAAUAGAGGCUGAUUAUCAUUCUUACUAGGCUUGUGUUGAUGUUGUAGUGUCUCAUGGUUGCCGAUAAAGCAGCAUGCAAAACCCUGUCGAAUGCCUCCUUGCAAUCCAUAAAGACGUGGUAUAAGUUUUGUUGGUGUUGAGCAUAUUUCUAACAUAGUUUUCGGAUUUUUAGAAUGUACUCAAUAGUGCCACGUCCUUGCCUGAAGCCCGCCUGUUCUUGCGCAAUGAUUUUGUCGACAUAUGGUUUUAGUAGGUUCAAAAAGACCUUUAGCAUGACCUUGCUUGUGUGGUUUCUUAGGCUAAUGGUGCGAUAGUUUUGGCAUAGCUGUAGGUUACCUCUCUUGCAGAGGGUGAUGAUGAGCCAUUGGGUCCAUGAUUUUGGUCAUUCCUACGUCAGCCAUAUUUUGUUACAAAUGUUGAUUAGGGCACUCAUCAUUGCUUUUAGUCCUUGUUUCACCAACUCGGCAGGGAUAUUAUCCACACCUGCGGUCUUUCUUGUUUGGAGUGCUUGGAAUGCUGUUUCUCCAUCUGCGCGGAGAAUAAGGUAGUUUUCAAUGUCCUUUGCUGGAGGGACAUCAAGGAUAUCUGUGUAUAUUUUCAUAUAUUCAUUAUACAGCUCUGAGCAGUAUUCAGUUCUUCUUUGCCCUUCUCAAAACUGUUUUUGAGAGCUUUGUUAACUGCCCUAUGUUUAUUGGCCACCUCUGUAUCUACCUUCUUUGCUUACUUUAAAUGCCUCCUUUAAUCACACAGAUCGAGUAUGUCAGAUUAUUAAUUAGGUUAUUGAAACUAAUUAAAAUAUCGUAGAUCUCAUUUAGUUUUUUUCCAAAAAUUUUUUUUUUUAAACUUGCAGUGUAACUCAGGGUCGUAACCUGCUCUCUUACUCGGGGUGGUAACCUUCUGUCUUACUCAGGGUUAAGCGUAAGGGGCGCUACUAUCGUAAUUGAUCAUGCAAAGGAAAAGGGCGCAUAAAUGCAUUUCUUUGUAUUGGACGCAUAUUUGCCAUCCUGCUGCCCUGUCCAAUAGCUCAAUGUGGAAUUGAUAUAUCGUCUUGAAACAUUUUUACAGUGGUUGGAUCCACUAGCGCAUGAAGAGAGUGGGGUAAGUGGUGUUACGGUUUGACAACGGGGCACUUUGUGCGGAGUGAUACUUUCGCAAUAUACCAACCACCCAGGCCUUCAAGCCUGCAACCAAAACACAUCUUUUUAUACUAUACUACCCUGACUGAUUCCCUUCCUCUGACCAAUAAGUGAUCUUGUUGGCUGCCGUCCAUGGUUUGCCUUGUAAAAGUCCUGGGGUUCAUGCUGUUCUUUAUUUCAAAAUAUUUGAUUGUAAUGUCAUGAUUAUGUCUCUUUUGAUAAUAUUUUUAUGUACAGCGCGGUGAGCCCAGCCCUAGGCUGGGAUACCCCGCUAUAAAAGACCACUAAUUAUUAUUAUUACUAUUAUAUACUUUAUAUUGCUUACGUUUGAUGUAUAUCCUGAGAGUUGUGUGGUUUUCUUGAGUGAGCAAGGUCAAAGGAAAGUUCACUCCGAGCUGCACAAGCUUUUAAUAAAACAACUGUUUGAACCCCUUCCACUUCAACCCCACCCCCACCCCCACAAUCAUUUGCUCUGUAAAAAAACUAUAUUUUGUUGAAGCUUCAUGUUCUAAUCUGUAAACUGCUGUUAAUUGUAUCUGACAUUGAUUUCGUAAUGGCAACUAUAAAAAUAUUUUCCAUAACACUGAAAACAUAAAACUAUAGGUUUUUUUUCAUUGAUGUAGUCACUUGAGGGAUGGAAUGAUCCAGAGAUGGCUGCCAUUCAAACCACGGACAACGUCAGAACACGCAGACGAUGGAAACAGUUCAGUUGAUAUGGUAAGUCAGGUGAUGAUAUUAAAAUUAAAAAAUAUAUAUGUAUAGUCGCGAUUCAGUCAAUGGUCAGGGCCCUCUUAAGGUUUUGAUAUUUUUUAUUUUACUUAGUUUACAUGUUUUUAAUAAUUGUAAAGCGCUUAGAGCUUUAAGGUAAGCUCUAUAUAAAAAUGCCUAAAUAAAUAAAUAUGAUUUAAGGUUGACAUAUUGUUCGAUCUCCCAAGGCUGCAAUCUGGUGAUCCUUGGAUGUCACCCCUUAUAAUACAACUUAAUAACUGCAUAUUUGAAGAUAUUGAAAAAGUACGGGAGAGCUUUCAAUGAUAUCGCUAACUGAAAUAGUAGAACACUAUAAAAUAGCGUCAGCGAGCCGGCAAGCAUCUUACCUAGUUCUUUAUACCCUCCCCAAGCCAUGCCCCCCAAGCCAUGCCCCCCAAGCCAUGCCCCCCAAGCCCGCGUAUCGGGCCACGAAGCGGCACGUUGAAGAUCUCCCUUCCCAAGAAACAAAUAGUUUCUCUUCAUUAUUAGGUCAUCUAAAAUUAUUAUACAUUUCAUUUAUUAUUAUUUUUUUUUUAAACUUUAACUAGAGCUAAAAAGCAAAAAAAAAACAACAAACCAUUAACAAAAGUCCCAAACAGUGUUACAUUUCAUUUCGACGUGUUGAGCGUUGGUGAUGACUUUCGAAUAAUUUAUUGAGCUUCCUCUAACAAACAUAUUGUAUGAAAUAGUACAGACCCGGCAGAGAGGAAAACACCUCAGUAUUGCUUUGUUGUGUUUUCGUUUCUUUACACUUCAUUGUGUCAUAUGUGCGUCAUUGUAUUGGAGUACAUCAAGGGUUAUCAACAUGUGGCACGAGGAAUCCUUGAGAGUCCAUGAAAAGGUUUCAUGGGGUACGUGCUGUAUUUCCUUCUAAUAUUAUAUAGUGUGGCUUAAUGGGGUGCCUGCUGUAUUUCCUUCUAAUAUUAUAUAGUGUGGCUUAAUGGGGUACGUGCUGUAUUUCCUUCUAAUAUUAUAUAGUGUGGCUUAAUGGGGUACGUGCUGUAUUCCCUUCUAAUAUUAUAUAGUGUGGCUUAAUGGGGUACAUGCUGUAUUUCCUUCUAAUAUUAUCUAGUGUGGCUUAAUGGGGUGCGUGCUGUAUUUCCUUCUAAUAUUAUAGAGUGUGGCUUAAUGGGGUACGUGCUGUAAUUCCUUCUAAUAUUAUAUAGUGUGGCUUAAUGGGUACAUGCUGUAUUCCCUUCUAAUAUUAUAUAGUGUGGCUUAAUGGGGUACAUGCUGUAUUCCCUUCUAAUAUUAUAUAGUGUGGCUUAAUGGGGUACAUGCUGUAUUCCCUUCUAAUAUUAUAUAGUGUGGCUUAAUGGGGUACAUGCUGUAUUUCCUUCUAAUAUUAUAUAGUGUGGCUUAAUGGGGUACAUGCUGUAUUCCCUUCUAAUAUUAUAUAGUGUGGCUUAAUGGGGUACAUGCUGUAUUCCCUUCUAAUAUUAUAUAGUGUGGCUUAAUGGGGUGCGUGCUGUAUUCCCUUCUAAUAUUAUAUAGUGUGGCUUAAUGGGGUACGUGCUGUAUUUCCAUCUAAUAUUAUAUAGUGUGGCUUAAUGGGGUGCGUGCUGUAUUCCCUUCUAAUAUUAUAUAGUGUGGCUUAAUGGGGUACAUGCUGUAUUUCCUUCUAAUAUUAUAUAGUGUGGCUUAAUGGGGUACAUGCUGUAUUUCCUUCUAAUAUUAUAUAGUGUGGCUUAAUGGGGUACGUGCUGUAUUUCCUUCUAAUAUUAUAUAGUGUGGCUUAAUGGGGUACAUGCUGUAUUCCCUUCUAAUAUUAUAUAGUGUGGCUUAAUGGGGUACAUGCUGUAUUUCCAUCUAAUAUUAUAUAGUGUGGCUUAAUGGGGUACAUGCUGUAUUUCCUUCUAAUAUUAUCUAGUGUGGCUUAAUGGGGUGCGUGCUGUAUUUCCUUCUAAUAUUAUAUAGUGUGGCUUAAUGGGGUGCGUGCUGUAUUCCCUUCUAAUAUUAUAUAGUGUGGCUUAAUGGGGUACAUGCUGUAUUCCCUUCUAAUAUUAUAUAGUGUGGCUUAAUGGGGUGCCUGCUGUAUUUCCUUCUAAUAUUAUAUAGUGUGGCUUAAUGAGGUACGUCCUGUAUUUCCUUCUAAUAUUAUAUAGUGUGGCUUAAUGGGGUACGUGCUGUAUUUCCUUCUAAUAUUAUAUAGUGUGGCUUAAUGGGGUAGGUGCUGUAUUUCCUUCUAAUAUUAUAUAAUGUGGCUUAAUGGGGUACAUGCUGUAUUCCCUUCUAAUAUUAUAUAGUGUGGCUUAAUGGGGUACAUGCUGUAUUCCCUUCUAAUAUUAUAUAGUGUGGCUUAAUGGGGUACAUGCAGUAUUUCCUUGUAAUAUUAUAUAGUGUGGCUUAAUGGGGUACAUGCUGUAUUUCCUUCUAAUAUUAUAUAAUGUGGCUUAAUGGGGUGCCUGCUGUAUUUCCUUCUAAUAUUAUAUAGUGUGGCUUAAUGGGGUACGUGCUGUAUUUCCUUCUAAUAUUAUAUAGUGUGGCUUAAUGGGGUACAUGCUGUAUUCCCUUCUAAUAUUAUAUAGUGUGGCUUAAUGGGGUACAUGCUGUAUUUCCUUCUAAUAUUAUCUAGUGUGGCUUAAUGGGGUGCCUGCUGUUUUUCCUUCUAAUAUUAUAUAGUGUGGCUUAAUGGGGUACGUGCUGUAUUUCCUUCUAAUAUUAUAUAGUGUGGCUUAAUGGGGUACAUGCUGUAUUCCCUUCUAAUAUUAUAUAGUGUGGCUUAAUGGGGUGCCUGCUGUAUUUCCUUCUAAUAUUAUAUAGUGUGGCUUAAUGGGGUACGUGCUGUAUUUCCUUCUAAUAUUAUAUAGUGUGGCUUAAUGGGGUACGUGCUGUAUUCCCUUCUAAUAUUAUAUAGUGUGGCUUAAUGGGGUACAUGCUGUAUUUCCUUCUAAUAUUAUCUAGUGUGGCUUAAUGGGCUGCGUGCUGUAUUCCCUUCUAAUAUUAUAUAGUGUGGCUUAAUGGGGUACAUGCUGUAUUCCCUUCUAAUAUUAUAUAGUUUGGCUUAAUGGGGUACAUGCUGUAUUCCCUUCUAAUAUUAUAUAGUGUGGCUUAAUGGGGUACAUGCUGUAUUCUCUUCUAAUAUUAUAUAGUGUGGCUUAAUGGGGUGCCUGCUGUAUUUCCUUCUAAUAUUAUAUAGUGUGGCUUAAUGAGGUACGUCCUGAAUUUCCUUCUAAUAUUAUAUAGUGUGGCUUAAUGGGGUACGUGCUGUAUUUCCUUCUAAUAUUAUAUAGUGUGGCUUAAUGGGGUAGGUGCUGUAUUUCCUUCUAAUAUUAUAUAGUGUGGCUUAAUGGGGUACAUGCUGUAUUCCCUUCUAAUAUUAUAUAGUGUGGCUUAAUGGGGUACAUGCUGUAUUCCCUUCUAAUAUUAUAUAGUGUGGCUUAAUGGGGUACAUGCUGUAUUUCCUUCUAAUAUUAUAUAGUGUGGCUUAAUGGGGUGCGUGCUGUAUUCCCUUCUAAUAUUAUAUAGUGUGGCUUAAUGGGGUACAUGCUGUAUUUCCUACUAAUAUUAUAUAGUGUGGCUUAAUGGGGUGCGUGCUGUAUUUCCUUCUAAUAUUAUAUAGUGUGGCUUAACUUUCUUUUAAAACGGGUCCGGGUAUUUUGAGAAAGUAUUAAAAGUUCUAAUUGUCUAUAAUAGAUGCAGGCUUUUAAACAAUAGUCCUACAGACAGUCCUACACUCUACCUGCCGGCCUUUGGACAAUAGGUCUAGAGACAGUCCUACAAUCUAAUUGCCGGCCUUUAAACAAUAGUCCUACAGACAGUCCUACACAUUACCUGCCGGCGUUUGGACAAUAGGUCUAGAGACAGUCCUACACUCUACCUGCCGGCCUUUGGACAAUAGGUCUAGAGACAGUCCUACACUCUACCUGCCGGCCUAUAAACAAUAGUCCUACAGACAGUCCUACACUCUACAUGCCGGGCUUUAAACAAUAGCCCUACAGACAUUACUACACUCUACAUGCUGGACCCUAAACAAUAGUCCUACAGACAGUCCUACACCGUACCUGUCGGCCUUUAAACAAUAGUCCUACAUAAACUCCUACACCUUACAUAACAGUCAUCCAGACAGUCCUACAUCAUACCUAUGGCUCUAUGUUGAUUACUAUAAUUUAGUCGUCCCCCCCCCCCCGAAACCUAUAGAAAAAAUUAUUCUUUGUAUCUGAGCCCAAACAUCACGCAUGACGUCACGCACGACGUUUACUUUGUUCUAUUAAUAUAAAACAUGUGGAGUAGGGGGGGGGCCAUUUGUGAAAAGGAAUCAGCCACACCAGAAGCAAAAUAUACAGAUACGAUGUGUUUGUGUGUGUCUGUAUGUGUGUAUGUGUGUGCGUGCGUGCGCAAGUGCGUGUCAGUGUGUAACUCCAAAACCAAAAACUAGGACCAGGUCAUGGACUUUUGACCCCAGGGGCCGGUUACAACAUUACCAUGUAUCUCGCUAAACUGCCUGUCUACUCCAACUGGUUGACAUAAGGAAUCGUAGUGUGGGGUUUGGGCGGGGGGGGGUGGUUAUAAGGUCAAUCAUCUAUGUCUCGUGAACCCUAGGGUAUUAUGCUAUGAAUUACAUUUUACCGGAAAUGGGAUUUUGUUAUCUAUGUCUAUACCUGAGCAUUUUUGCAUGUCUCAAACUUUUAGAGGAUAUUAAACAAAUUACAGUGUUUUUGUGUGCAUUUUAAAAAAAAUAUAUACCAAGUAAGGGUGUGUAGCAGAAACUGGUUAAGAAUUUCUGCAGUAAUGAACAAUUAUUGUGUGUAGAAAUUUUUUUAGAUUAAAUUCCCAAUUAAUAUUUUGCAUCAUAAAUUAAUAAUCUCUUCAUACCAAAAAGCACAUGAAUUUGAUACAUUUUUUUUUAAAUAUAUAAAUAUUCCGCAAGGCAGUGUGGGAGCAACUAAGAUAUAUGUAUAAAAAUGUGUACAAAUCUUUUAGAAAAUCUUUUUAAUGUAAAAAAAAAAAUUAUAUAAAAUAUUUUUGAUGACAUCAACACACACAGAGCCCCACCUCGCCUACCACUCCAAGUAACAGGACCAAACCAUCAGAAACAACAUGUAUUACAGAACUUGACCGGGUAGACUACUGGGAAAUAGAUUCUGUGUCCAGGAACUCAACGCAUUCAAAGGAAGUCCGUGUUAUGUUAUUGCCUGGGACCAGCAGGAGAUCCUCCUCGUCUCAGUGCGGAGAUGACAAAAAUCCCUAUUCAGAACUGGAGGGCAAUGAAACGAGCAUUCCCGACUCUUGUGGAACACAGGGUAAACAGCAAACACCAGGACGAACUAAUCCGUCCCCAAUAGAUGGGCAGGGCUCGGGAUCAUCAACCCCCGGUACUAGUGGACAUUCCCCAACAUUUAAACGCAAAGGCUCGGACGUUGAGGAUGGUGCAGAAUGCGGCACAACUGAGGCACCGGUAGAAUCUGACAACUCUCUGGCAAGGUACUGUUUAAAGGUUAUCUUUAAACAUGUUUUAAACACAUUGGAAAAUAGACUCGAUCAAGAUUAUUUUGUUGUUUUCCGAUAACUUGCAUUUUUUUACAAAGGAAAGCUAACAUGACUUGUAAAAUUUAAAACUUCUAUUAAAGCCGGACAACUUGUUCCCCUAAUACAAAUACAGUCAGCAAGCUGAUAGACAUUAACUGAUUAUGCAUCUUUUAUUAAAUUAGAACAACAUGUAUAUUUUAUAACGUUAAACCAUACUUAUCACUACCGGUAGUAACCUAGUAUUAUAUAAUUUAUAUUGUUUCCAUAUUGUCCGACACCAAUUUUGUUAUCAUGUAGAUUAAUAUUAUUGUAAAGGUUUUAAGUUAUCAGUAUUUGCAUACUUUAACAUUUUGAACAUUUUAAUUAAAAAAUUUGUAAUUGUAAUUUUUUACUCUAUCACUUCCUCGUUUUAUUCCAGUAAAUCUGAAGAACAACCCUCAAACAGCCCAAACAAGCUCUACGCCACGUUGGAAUCUGUCAGUCCCAACAAGGUCUACACCACGCUGGAAUCUGUCAGUCCCAACAAGCUCUACACCACGCUGGAAUCUGUCAGUCCCAACAAGGUCUACACCACACUGUACUCUGUCAGUCCGAACAAGGUCUACACCACACUGGACUCCGUGGGUGAAGCUACUUCUCAUCUGAGGCCAAUAGGGCAACAGG